UUGGGGCCGUCCUAUAAAUAGGACGGGAGACCCGGAGGGCCCGGGACUUGCUGCUGUCUGCGCCCCGCAGCACCCCCCGCCACCCCCGCCGGCUCCGGCUCCAGCCACCCUGGCCAUGGCCCGCACGCUGUUCCUCAGUCUGGGCAUCUUGGGCAGCCUGCUGCCGCUGCUGGCCGCCUGCCCCCCGAACUGCCACUGUCACGGGGACCUGCAGCAUGUCAUCUGCGACAAGGUGGGACUGCAGAAGAUCCCCAAGGUGUCAGAAAAGACCCAGCUGCUCAACUUGCAGCGCAAUAACUUCCCCGUGCUGGCGGCCGACUCGUUCCGGACCAUGCCCAACUUGGUAUCCCUGCACCUGCAACACUGCCAAAUCCGAGAGGUGGCUGCGGGCGCCUUCCGCGGCCUCAAGCAGCUGAUCUACCUGUACCUGUCCCACAACGACAUCCGCGUGCUGCGCGCGGGUGCGUUCGAUGACCUCACUGAGCUCACCUACCUCUACCUGGACCACAACAAGGUGACGGAGCUGCCCCGGGGGCUGCUGUCCCCUCUGGUCAACCUCUUCAUCCUACAACUCAACAACAACAAGAUCCGCGAGCUUCGAGCCGGCGCCUUCCAGGGGGCCAAGGACCUGCGCUGGCUCUACCUGUCGGAAAACGCCCUCAGCUCGCUGCAGCCCGGGGCCCUGGAGGACGUGGAGAACCUGGCCAAGUUCCACCUGGACAGGAACCAGCUUUCCAGCUACCCCUCGGCGGCCCUGAGCAAACUGCGCGUGGUGGAGGAGCUGAAGCUCUCGCACAACCCUCUGAAGAGCAUCCCCGACCACGCCUUCCAGUCCUUCGGCAGAUACCUGGAGACGCUCUGGCUGGACAACACCAACCUGGAGAAGUUCUCAGAUGGUGCCUUCCUGGGUGUGACCACACUGAAACACGUCCAUCUGGAGAACAACCGCCUGAACCAGCUGCCUUCCAACUUCCCCUUUGACAACUUGGAGACUCUCACUCUCACCAACAACCCCUGGAAAUGCACCUGCCAGCUCCGGGGUCUUCGACGGUGGUUAGAAGCCAAGACCUCUCGCCCAGAUGCUACCUGCGCCUCACCAGCCAAGUUCAAGGGCCAGCACAUCCGUGACACAGACGCCCUCCGCAGCUGCAAGUUCCCCACCAAGAGAUCCAAGAAAGCUGGCCGCCAUUAAGCAGGUCCUGACCCAGCCAGUCCUGGUGACUGGCCCCUGCCUUCAGCUGGAGAAACUACUGACCGUCCCUCGCCAUCCACACCUUCUCCCCAUGGCCUCUGCUGAUGCACAGAGCUGCCCACAUUUAGACAUGUCCUGGCUAGGGGCACCUGGCUUUCCAGAAUGAUCCCAGCUCCACCCAGUGGAGUCUCAGGGAGGACACAGACCUCCUCCCCAGCCAAUGUGCCUGGGCCCUGCCAUAGCUCCUCCCAGAGAAGCUAUUUCUAACCCUGGACCCCAAAUCCACCAGGGCCACACCGAGUACCUGGUCAUCAGGAUGGCCACCCUCCCCAAAUCAGCACCCUCCCUCCUUGCCAUUUGGAAACAAACAUCAGGCCCCUGUCCCAGUCUCGUUUCCAGAAAGGGUCUCACAAGUCCAUCCUCAACUUGGCUGGGCCCCACCUGCCAGGACAUGCGAACAGGACACAGGUGCUUAGCUGCACAUCCCAC